AUGCCGGUGCAGUGGACGUCUGCCGACGGCAGAACCAUCACCAUCAACGCUAACAAGCACACCACCUUGCCCUCGUCUGCCGACAUCAUCGAGAUGUGUGGAUCCAAGACCCUCGACAAGGAGGUGGGCGAUGAGCUUGUCGCGCUCUCCAACACCAUGAUCAGCGACUUCACCAAACCACUCGAAACGAUCGCCUACCAAUACAAGGCAUGCAAGAAGAUCUCGAAGCACGAAGAACGACUACGAACUUGCGUUACAGUCCUGGUCCUCGCCCACACAAUUCUCGGGCACUUUUCAGAGCGUCCCAGACUUCUCGCCGAGGGCAAGGAACUCGGCGAUACCCUCGGUCCGACUACCGUGCCACAGGCCUUGAACAAUAGGCAAAGAGCAAGCAAAGUCUCGGCCGGGCUUAAUACCUUCUUGUUCCACACCAAGAUGUCCGUGGAAGAUGUUGCCGCCCUGUUCGGACUGCCUCCCGUUGACACCCAGCCCAUGCAGGAGACUCAAGGUGACAGCCAGCCCACAGCCUCGGAGGCUGCUUCUCCAUCCUCAUCCCAUGCCCAUCAGCCUCUGUCUCCUCGUAUUCAGACCCCUCCUCUUCCCGACUUGCCCUGGCGUGUGAGGGCGCUUCAAAAGCACCAGCGGGGCCCGCAAUUCUCCCAGCAAGACGACGGUCCCAACGGAAGCGCUUCCACGGGCCCUCCGACUCAAACUCCAAGGAAGGGAGUCGCCUGCAGCACCGACAACGCUCGAACCUCAAAGCGCUCGAGAAACUCGGACGAGGAAAGCGGCAGCCCAGAGCCGGAUGAACGCCAUCCGGAGAGUUUUUACGAGGGACGCCAGCCGCUUCUGUCGGACGCGCAGUUCCGUCAAGCGGUCACGGAAGUCUAUCGCGACUUCUUCGACAACUACACAGCGCACAUCCACACUAACUUGGCCGGUCCGGACGCAAGUGAGAUGGCUCUGUGCGUGCUCAAGGACGGCCUCUGCAAUUCUAUGUGGCGACUCCUGAACUUCCGCGGCAGUGGAUUCACGAGCGUGUUCGGCGUCAUCUCGGAGAAGCAUCGAGGCACGCCACUUCCUGGCCGGGCUGGCAGAUCCUCCAGGCGCUCCUCAAACACUUCUGACUAA